GUGCUAGGAGCUGCAAGCCCUCUGGGAGGUUUUCAGCCUUGGCCGGAGCCGCCUGACCCCCCCCCCCGGGGCCGGGAGGCUGCCGCUGGCCCGGGCUCAGCGGGAGGCUUGCUGGGACAGUCAUUCCUGACUCCAGCCGGUGUCCAGGCGGCUGUGUGCGGGCAGAGCGGAGCCACUGCAGCUCCGCUCGGACCAGACGGCAGCGGCAUGGCGCUCCGGGGAGCCUGCCUCCUCCUCUGCCUCCUCUCCCUCUCCCAGGUCUCCGGCCAGCAGAACGGCAAAGUCCGGCAAAAACCGGCGGCUGCCAAGAAAGAUGGUGUGAGCCUCAAAAUGAUUGAAGACCUGAAGGCCAUGAUUGACAACAUCUCUCAGGAGGUUGCUCUACUGAAGGAAAAGCAAGCACUCCAGACAGUUUGCCUGAAAGGCACCAAAAUUCACCUAAAAUGCUUCCUGGCAUUUUUGGAGACUAAGACAUACCACGAGGCCAGCGAAAACUGCAUCUCUCAGGGCGGCACACUCAGCACGCCCCAGAACGGGGAGGAGAACGAUGCCCUCUACGACUACAUGCGCAAGAGCAUCGGCUCGGAGGCCGAGAUCUGGCUGGGCCUCAACGACAUGGCCGCGGAGGGCAAGUGGGUCGACAUGACGGGCAGCCCCAUCCGCUACAAGAACUGGGAGACUGAAAUCACCACCCAGCCCGACGGUGGCAAGCUGGAAAACUGUGCAGCUCUGUCAGGGACCGCCAUCGGCAAGUGGUUCGACAAGAAGUGCCGAGAGCAGCUGCCCUACAUCUGCCAGUUCAUGAUCGUGUAGCGGCGGGGCGUCCCCCUGCCUGCCGCAGCCUGGAUGUACCCUCUGGGCAGCAGGAUUAUGAAGCUGUAGCUGUGUGUACACGUCCAUGCACAUCGCACACCCACAUGCACGUGUUCCAGUAGAGUCACCCUUUGCAAAGAGAGUUGCCGCGGCUCGCUGUCGGGUUAUAGAGUGCUAGAGCAUUUCCUUCGGCCACACCCAGCCCUGUGCGCAGCUGCACUGCUCUUCCUAAGGCACGAUUUAUAGAUAUAUUUUUUUACACAGGGAAUUUAUUAGGACAGCUCAGUUGUUUUGGCACAGUGCAGCAGUCCAGCCUGGCAUCCAGCUGCCUCGGUGGCCCAGGGCUGUCACUCUGCAGUGUCCUUUCCCAUUUUGCUGAGCUUUCUUGGGACACCAGCAUAGCCAGUUUCUGCUUUCUUCUCUUGUUUUGCUUCCCCAUAAGCCCUGGCAGCAAUCUGUGGGAGCUCCUUGUUCCUCACAGUGUCCCGAUUCAGCCUUGUAAGGAUCAAGGUCCUGUCUCAAUGGGCAGAGGGAGCUACUCCUGCUUUGCAUUGAGAGAUACCAUUGGGCUUAUUUGGCAUGGUACCAGCUGCUCAAGAGGUUGUCCAACUAGUCGUGUUAUGUUCAUGAAUAACUUGGCAAGUUACAGGCAUGUUUGGUCCUUUUCUCACCAGCCAGAAGCCAGUUUCACUGACUUCAGUGGAAGAGCAAGACCCAUUGCCAGAUAUUUGAAAAAAAUCCCAUCAGAAGCUUUUUUUGUGCUACAGUAUUAAGGGGGAAACAGUGAUGACUUGGAGCAUAGUUAGUCAACUAUAUUAUUGGAAAUAGAAGAUGUAUGUAUUACAUAAAUAACAUUAAUGUAGUACUGUUAGGGAAUAUGUUGCUAUAUAAAAACAACUAUGUAUUGAAAACAAGCCCCAGGAUAACUCACUCCAGCAGCUUAGGAAUGACCGGGCCUGUUUAUAUGAUGGGAACCCAGAUGAACUAGUCCAGUCUUUGCUGGUCCAGGUACGGUCCUUGGCAAACAUAAAUCUGCUAAGCACUGUUUGUGCCAAUAUAUUCAUGCCCAUCUGAAGGUCUGACCUCAGUGAUUUUUUACUGAGAAAAGGUUUAAAGUAAAAAAAAAACCAAAUAAACAGCAAUGGUGGGAAAGAAGUGCAGGUCACCCUGGCAGCUUAACAAAGCUUUGCUGGCUGUUGGCUAAAAGGUAUCAGUGGUCCUUUGCUGUCCAGUGCUUGGUAAUAACCCUUCCAGUUUGGGUCAUACACCCUGCACUUCCAGGUUGGAGGUGUCAAGACAGGAUCCUGCCCAUGGGGCAGGAUUCCACUUUUGCUGCUUUGUAUAGAAGCAGCAUGGUGUUAGGUCUUCCAAGAUAUCAAGUCUGAGCCAAGCUGGAAACACACACACGCACACAAAUGCAGAGUGCACGCUUCUGAGGUUGUCAUUAUUGCCAAACUCUCCACUGUUCAAAUGACUAUAAAAUAAAAAUAUCUAUAUAGCUUGCUGAA